CAUAACUUGUAAGUUUUCUUUUUCCUAAAGAGAAAAUUUGGUAAAUGGAGAAUGAACAUGAUACAUCAUGUUUAAGGACAAGACGUAAAACAUCGUCGAGUCUAUCAUGUUGCUUUAUGAAUAGCCCUCGUCGUUCAGAUGUGUUUGAUUCAUCGCCAAGUCCUACGAGAUUCUCGUCCAGUUGGUUCCGUAACAAAAUAAAACAUGAUCAUAAUUCUAAUUCACCGGAGAUUAGAGGAAAAUGUAAGAGCUUCAUUCAUCGUAUGGGUAGACAUCGUCGCCAUGUAUCUGCAGAUUUUAGCUAUGAUCCCCUUAGUUAUGCUAUGAACUUUGAUGAUGAUGAUGAUGAUGAGGAAUUUCCAGAAAGAAACUUUGCAGCAAGAUUGCCAUUAUCUCCUCCUUCCAAAGACAAAAUAGCAAUCACCAAUAUGCAAAGUAAAAGCUUUAAAUUGCCAGACCAAAGGUCACGAGCCAUACAAGAUGUCAGGAGAAGCCUGGAAAUGCCAAUUGCUCAAGUAAAUAACGCCAUUUUAACAGAAGAUGCAAAACACGCCUUUUGAGGUUUAUACAUACACUCUUUAUAAACAAAACAUAGAAAUGGUAAGUACAUAUAACAUUACCACAUUCCAUGUCGGAGUAUAAAAAUUUAUAUCAAAAUAUUACCAAGUGCUCCAUUAGUGGAAUUAUUGUAGGAGGUUAGAUUUAAACAUUACAUUUCUGUAAAGCUUUUAUUACUUCAUGAUGAUGUAUAUAACUUUUUAAUAAAUGUUAUCUAUGGUUAAUUAUUCUCCAA